CCCACCUCUCUUUUUUCUUCUUGUCCAAUUCAAAAAUCAACCUAGAAGAUCCGGAAGAUUCUGGAUCAUAUCUGCCGGAUCGUGCUUUCCAAACUGUCAGAUUUUCCAAAGCAUUUCUUGUAUUGUGUUGACAUGGCCUUGUAUUUAAAACUCCUCCUUUCAUCCUCCUUUUCCCUCAUCUCCCUGUUCCGCUGUCAAUCCCGCAAAUACCAUGGGUAUGGGUAUGGCUGCAGAGACCCAGUUUCAUGUUUUGGCCGUUGAUGACAGCCAGUUUGAUAGAAAAUUGAUUGAAAGGCUUCUCAAGAUUUCUUCUUAUCAAGUUACUGUUGUGGAUUCAGGAAGUAAGGCAUUGGAGUUACUGGGUUUGUAUGAAGAUGAAGAAAGAAAUUCAAACUCUGCAUCUGUUUCUCCUUAUCAUAAUCUUCGUCGAGAUCAUGUAGAAGUUAAUCUGAUUAUUACAGAUUAUUGCAUGCCAGGAAUGACAGGCUAUGAUCUCCUAAGAAAGAUUAAGGAAUCUGAAUCCUUAAAAGACAUCCCAGUUGUGAUCAUGUCCUCGGAGAAUGUCCCAUCAAGAAUUAACAGAUGUUUGGAAGAUGGAGCUGAAGAUUUCUUUCUGAAACCAGUUCAAUUAUCGGAUGUAAAGAAGCUGAAGCCUCAUUUGAUGAAAGGAAGAUAUAAAGAAGAAACAGAUCAUCAACAAUUCAAUAGCAACAAAAGAAAGAGCAUUGAAGAAAUUGAUUCAUCUACUGAUAGAACAAGAUGCAGAUACAAUGAUGAGUUGGAUACUGAUACAUCAUGAUAUCAGUUUUAUUAAUAUUUGGGGGCUAAUGCUGAUGAUCACUAACUUGCUAUGCUCAUGGAAAAGGAAAAUAUUCAUUCUUAUUAAUUAGGGAUUUCUUAGGGAUUUUGUGUAAAACCUACUCUUUUUUUUAUUCUUUUCUUUUCUCUUCUCUUCAUGUAUAGAAAUUUUUGGUUUUCACAUCAUAGUUUGAUUUGAAAGAAGAGAAAUGAAAUGGAAAAGGGAAA